GGCGAUUACCUCCCGCACACCGUGACGCUUGCCCGGCGGGGUGAACCAGGGAGAGAGCCCGUCAGCACGCGUGAGAUCAGCGACUGCGGCGGAAGGAGGUCCGACCACUCCCUGUUGGACCUCCGUGUUCUUCCGAGGAUACUACUAUAUUAGGCUCACCAUCUACAAGGGACGGAGGUGCAGCAGUCCACACAACCACAUUCAAGGAACGGGCCAAGACCACAGAACACGCAGCAGCAUGCAGACCGACGGAGUCGCACUAGUGACGGGUGCAGGAAGCGGCAUCGGACGGGACUGCGCAAUCGCCUUCGCCUCCGAGGGUGCAAGGGGCGUUGCCUUUGCCGACAUCGACCUGGGGGCGGCACAGGCUGCGGCCGACGAGAGCAGGGCCCAGGCCACAAACCCCGCGUACCGGGCGGUGGCGGUCCAGGUCGACGUGUCCAGCGAGGAGAGCGUCCAGCGCAUGGUCGACCUCGUGCGCGACGAGUUCGACCGCAUUGACUACAGCGUCAACAGCGCCGGGAUUGGCGUGCAGCAGCCUCGUUCCGUGUCCGAGACGGACAUGGCCGAGUUCGACCGUUUUUACGCGGUCAACAUCCGAGGCACCAUGCUCUGCGUGCGCGCCGUCACCCAGGCCAUGAUGGCGCAGGAGCAGCUCACCGUCGCGGGUCGAACCGGGCCCCGCGACGCCGGGCGCGGGAGCAUCGUGAACCUGGCGUCGGCCAACUCGCUUGUGGCCUUUCCCGACAUCGUCCAGUACACGACCGCGAAGCACGCCGUUUUGGGAAUCACAAAGACAGCUGCACUGGAUAAUGCCCCCCACGGAAUCCGGGUGAAUGCGGUUUGCCCGUCGUGGGUGGAAACCCCCAUGAUUGACAAGGCCUUCGCCGGAAACCCGGCCAUGCUCGAGGCCCUGGCCAGUAACAUUCCGGCCAAGCGAAUCGCCCACGCGGAGGAGGUGUCGGACGUGGUCUUGUUCCUGAGCGGACCCAAGGCGAGCUAUGUGACCGGGGUCGCCUGGCUCGUUGACGGUGGGACCACCCUGCAGAUGAAAAUCGGAUGACAGUCCGAUGUGGAUGUGUAGGAUGGGCGGGACCUCCUCCGCCAAGAUGAAGGAGGCUUAUAUCCGUGCGGUCCGGACCGCACAGCGGGCGUGGCAUGCGAAUAGACAGUGUAGUGUGAUGUGUGGCGUCCGCUCGGCCACUAUCUAGCGCAAUGCAUGUCAUCCCGUACCA